AUGGAUAGCACAGACUUUAGACAAAAUAUCACAGUUCAAUACUGCUUUCCUGACAACAACUCAUCUUGCAGAAAGGAGCUCCACACUCCAACCAACCUGCUCAUCCUCUCUCUGGCUGCAGCGGAUCUUCUCGUGGGACUUUUUGUUAUGCCUGUGAAAACAAUGCAACUUUUUGACUCUUGCUGGUACCUUGGAAAACUGGCAUGCUCCAUUUCUGAAAUAAUCAUUGGCAUCUCAGUGCUGGCAUCUCUGUGCAAUCUGGUUUUCAUUUCAAUUGAUAGGUACAUUGCCAUCAAUGACCCUCUGCUGUAUUCAAGUAGAGUAACUGUGUGUAAAAUGUCCUUAUGCAUUUUUCUAGGCUGGUCUUUUGUUUUACUAUAUGUCAUUUUAUUUAUGUACUUUAAUGACCACCUUAUUCCAUCUCAGAUGUACACCAGAUGUUAUGGAGAGUGUAUAGUGUUUGUCAAAUUUUCAUGGGUGAUUGCUAACAUGAUAAUUUUUUUCCUAACUCCGUGCUCUACUAUACUGGUGUUGUAUUCAAUCAUUUUUAACGUGGCAAGACGGCAAGCUAAAGCGGUUAGAGCUGUGGCAAAUGGUGCCUCAAAUAAACAUAGAGCUAACAUUUCAAGCUCUUCUGAAACCAAAGCAGCAAAAACGCUGGGAAUUGUUAUUUGCUUUUAUCUUUCUUUCUGGAUACCAUUUUAUAUAAGUUCUCUAUCAGUUACAAGUUUGACAUCUUUGUCAGUGGUGUGGACAGUGUUUACUUGGCUAAUGUUCAUUAACUCCUUUGUUAACCCCCUAAUUUAUGCCAUAUUCUAUCCAUGGUUCAGACAAUCUGCUAAGUAUAUUUUAACUUGUAGAAUAGUUGAAUCCUCGUCAUCAACGUUUGAUUUAUAUAGAGAACAUUAA